AUGACUUCCACUCAGUUCUCAAUGGUUGAAGAGUUGACUUCUCUCGUUAAAGAUAAUCUUCCUAGCAAGCAUCUCAUUUUGUCGGUGGAAGAGCUGUUGGUGAAUUUUCUUGAAGAAGAUGCAAGUGUAAAUAGAGUGCUUGAGCUGGAACCAAUGAAUCCUUAUAAUCGUCUGCUUGUGCAUCGUCUUGCUGACAUCUUUGGAUUCUCUCAUCAGUCUGUCGGUGAAGGAGAAUCCAGGCACUUAGUUCUGGAGCGUUGCCUAGAGGCGUCAAUGCCACCCAUCCUUGUGAGUGAUUUGGUCUUGCAAUUUGAUGAAAGGCUGCCAAGUAUGACUUUUGACAAAUCGAGGUGGAAUGAAGUUAUGCCAGACAACGGGACACAACAUGAGCCAAGUUCAAAUGAUGCUAAGGAUGGAGCACAAGCAGCAAAUGGUUUAAAAUUCCAGAACGUGGAAUAUGGGAGGGACUUACGUGGUAGAGACGAGCUGGGCAAAAACUCUACUCCCAGGACAUGUGAGACCUCAAAAGAAGGCUGGUCAAAGAAUAGCAUAAAAAGAAGCGAUGAUUGUUUGAGAAAUGAACAUAUGGGAGCUGCCAAGAGAUUGUUUGCUAAUGCCCUGGGGAUGCAUUUAAGGGAUGCCAAUCUCCCAAAGUGCGAUGGAACAAGGAAUUCCAGUUACUGA